AUGUGCAUCCCAAGAUCAACUCCAAGUGACUGUUCUGAUUGUCUAAAGGGCGCCGCAGACGAUCGGGCCAAUCCCAAGACUACAGACAAUAGCAGCGGAAAUAUGUCAACGAAAACUAUUGUAGCAAUUGUUGUGGUUGGGGUAGUCAUCCUUAGCAUUAUCUUGGGACUUAUUGCUCGCCCGUUUGCUCGGAAGGGAAAAUCAUAUCAAGAAGUUGAACUUAAUCAAACUGGUAUUACAUCUGUACGCUCUCUGCAAUACAAAUUUAGCACGAUUGAAGCUGCAACAAAUAAUUUUUCAGAGAGCAAAAAACUUGGUCAAGGCGGAUUUGGAGAUGUUUUCAAGGGUAUGUUGCCUGAUGGAAAAGAAAUUGCAGUCAAGAGGUUGUCAAGAACAUCAGUGCAAAGUAAGAAAGAGUUCAAGAAUGAGGUUGUUCUUGUAGCGAAACUUCAGCAUAGAAAUCUUGUUAAGCUUCUCGGUUUUUCCGUCAAAGGAGAAGAAAGAGUCAUAGUCUACGAGUUUUUGCCUAACAGAAGUCUGGACUACAUCCUCUUUGACCCUAAAAAGCAAGGCGAGUUAGACUGGGAAAAGCGGUACAAGAUCAUUGGAGGGAUUGCUAGAGGGAUUCUAUAUCUUCAUCAAGAUUCACAACCCACAAUCAUACAUCGUGACCUCAAAGCGGCUAAUAUUCUCUUGGACGCUCAUAUGAACCCGAAAGUUGCAGAUUUUGGGACGGCAAGGAUCUUUGGGAUGGACCAAAGUGUAGCUAACACAGAGAAUCCAGCUGGAACCAGGGGUUACAUGCCCCCAGAAUAUAGGGACCAAGGACAAUUCUCAAUGAAAUCUGAUGUGUAUAGCUACGGAGUCUUAGUUCUUGAGAUUAUAUGUGGCAAGAGGAACACAAGCUUCUCAUCUCCGGUUCAUAAUUUUGUCACAUAUGUGAGUACCUAA